AAUCGUAGAUAGGAAGUCUGAAACGGUGAAAUCUUUUCUCACACCAAUCCUAAACUUCCCAAAACAUCCCUCGCAAAAAAAAAUCACAUAAUUAAAUGCGAGAAAUUAGGGGUAGUUUUUCCAUUAUUCACGAUAACUUGUCCACCUAUCCUUCCUCUCCUCUCCUCUCUCAAAACCCCUUCCUCACCAAACCCAACAAAACAAAAUAAACAGAAGAGAGAAUGAAAGGGUGUGAGCUUUGUGGGAGUUCAGCAAGAAUGUUCUGUGAAUCAGACGAAGCUAGUUUAUGUUGGGAUUGUGAUGAGAAAGUACACUCUGCCAACUUUCUUGUAGCUAAACACUGUAGAACCCUUCUUUGUCAAGUCUGUCAAUCUCCAACUCCUUGGAAAGCCUCGGUGUCUAAAUUUGCUCCUACUGUUUCCAUAUGUGAAUCUUGUUUUACUAUCCCUAACAAAACAAAAGAAACAGAAGAGAGAAUGAAAGGGUGCGAGCUUUGUGGGAGUUCAGCAAGGAUGUAUUGUGAAUCAGACCAAGCUAGUUUAUGUUGGGAUUGUGAUGAGAAAGUGCACACUGCCAACUUUCUUGUUGCUAAACAUUGUAGAACCCUUCUUUGUCAAGUCUGUCAAUCUCCAACUCCUUGGAAAGCCUCGGGGUCUAAAUUUGCUCCUACUGUUUCCGUAUGUGAAUCUUGUUUUACUAUUCCUAAAAAUAAACGACAUUUCCAAUCUGAAAACGUCAUGACUAGUGAUCAAGAAAGUCAAGGAGGAGGAAAUGAUUUAGAUGAGUCUGAAAAUGAUCAAGAAUCUGAUGACGACGAUCAUACUGAUGAUGACAGUGAUGAAGAUGAGGAUGAGGAGGAAGAAGAUGACGAUGGAGACAACCAGGUGGUGCCAUGGUCAGGUCCUACUGCGUCGUCGUCGCCAUCACCUGUGCCACCUGUGGCUAGUUCUAGUAGUGAGGAGGAGACUUCUUGUGCCGGUAGAAAUGGAUUCUUGAAACGGAUGCGAGAGAGUAAUGUUGAUCUUGAUUCUGAUGAUGAAAUUGGAUGUUCCUCUUCUCAUAAUAUAGGAGGUCGAAUAUUGAGCAAUGAUGGAGGGAAUUCUUUGAGUUCAAUGAGGCCAUGGAAGCAAGCAAGAACAAGUGUUAAUGUUGAAGAAGAUGGUUAAGCAGGGUCAAGAUCAAAGGUUGUUAUAGACAUUAGACACCAUUAAGAGACUGCAAAGAGACAUGGUCACGAAUGGAGAAAACGCGUCUGCUGCUAUUCUUGGGAUCUGCAGAUUUGAGUAGAGAUCAGAGCCUUUGAUUUCAGUCCCUACUAACUUUCCUCUUACGAUUAAUUAAUAACCAUACGUUUUGUCAUAGUUUUUGAAUCAUAAUUAAUUAUUAUGUCAUUUUCUGUUGCUAAAAUAAGCUUGCUUUCUUUCUUUCUUUCUUUCUUUCUUUUUCUUUUACUAUUUGCAUAGUUUGUACUUUGUACAUAAGAGGUUUCUCCAUGGUGUGUACAGAAUUUAGUAUUUGAUUAUUACUUUAUGCUAUUUUCCUUA